UAGUCGUAUAACUUCUAGAGUUAUCGUUUAUGAUCAUCAUCGUGAUUGAUACACCAAUUAUUCUCGGACGUAGCCGUGUAGAUGGGUUGAAGCGGCGCCUUAAGCCCUCAACCCGGAAAUUCGCGGAAGUUGUUCUUUCGUGUAAAGUCUAACUGUAAAGUCGGUCGCGUCCAUGUCGAUGACAUCGUUUUUCUCGUCUUUCUUCAACACCGUGCACGGUGACGCGCCGGAGGAGAAGCCAGAAGAUGAAAGCAAGGAGGUAGAAGUUGCUGAGGCGGAGGAACCAUCGAAAGAGUCUGAGGAAGAGGAAGUGGAAGCCGAGGACAUCCACCCUGUUAUUAUAGAGGAGUGCAAAAACUCGGCAGCAUGCGCUUCUCUAACGAGACAUUUUGAACACUGUCAGGAGAAGGUACAAUCUGGACAAGGCUUUAAAGGCGAGGACUGUGUGGAGGAACUAUAUGCAGUCCACAUGAUGCACUGUGCCGACGCUUGUGCCGCACCAAAAUUGUUCUCCAAGCUCAAGUAGACGCUGGGGUGAAUACUACAUUACAAUACACGCUAUCGUUCUCGAGGAGCAAUACCAUUGAUCUGUCCUGUCACUAUAUCCUGCUGAGGGUCAUGUUGAUC